ACAACUACAAGUUAGUGAGUUACAACUUGGUCGCAGCAUUUAUCUAUUUGUUUCUGCAACUUUCUGACUCCAUCAACUUCUUCUAAUCCAACCCUACAUACACAACAAGAUCUCUCCUCUUUGACUCACCAAGUUGCUUCCUUUUUCAGCUCAUCUUUCUUCCCAUGGCAUAAGGUAAAACCCCUUCUCUUUCUUCUACACUUUCCCUUCAUUCACACCAUCUUCUACACCUUUCUUUCUUCAAACAAUCUCCUCUUAACUCUAAAUCCACCUCAUCAUUUUCCCUUGCUGAUUUUGGAAACUCUUUCCAAUUUACUUUCCCGAUCUGGGUGUUCUAAAAAUCAGAUCUUUCUAUCAAAUUUAACCUCUUUCUUUGUUUUACAAUUCUGGGUUUGUUUAGAUUGUAAUUGUAAUAAGCUAGAAACAAAAAACAAAACAAGGGUUUUGUUUAUUUUGUGGUUUUGGACUUGUUGUGUUUCAUGGUCAUUAUGAAGAACAUGAACAAAUACUUUGUUUGUGUUCCACUGUUUUUGUUCUUAGUGUUAGCUAUUGAGCUUGUUCUAGCAGCAGAUUUUAAGCCAACAGAUAAAAUCCUGCUGAAUUGUGGCGGUCCUGCUGUUAGUACUGAUCCUGAUGGCCGUGAAUGGACCACUGAUAAUGGUUCAAAAUUUGGUUCAUCAGCUGUAAAAUCCACUACAUCACAGGCUGCAACUCAAGAUCCUGCAGUUCCGCAGAUUCCGUUUAUGACUGCGCGUGUUUUUCAAUCGCCGUAUACCUAUAGUUUUCCGGUGGCUUCCGGUUGGAAGUUCCUACGGUUGUACUUUUAUUCGGCUUCUUAUGGUGGGCUUAAUGCAUCCGAUGCACGGUUUGGUGUGACUGCGCAAUCAUACACCGUGCUUAGGAAUUUCAGUGUUUCUGAGACUGCUUUGGGUUUGAAUUACGAUUACAUUGUGAAGGAAUAUUGCAUUCAUGUUGAUGAAGGAACCUUGAAUGUGACUUUUACUCCAUCUGCCAAUGCAUCUAAAGCCUAUGCAUUUGUAAAUGGGAUUGAGGUUGUUUCCAUGCCUGAUAUUUAUACUUCUACUGAUGGAACCACCAUGAUUGUUGGUACGGGUACUACCUUCACCAUUGACAACAGCACUGCACUUGAGAAUGUUUAUAGGUUAAACGUGGGUGGGAAUGAUAUUUCACCUUCCAAAGAUACCGGCAUGUUUAGGUCAUGGACCGAUGAUGUGCGUUACAUUUAUGGGGCUGCAUUUGGAGUUACCGAGACUGCUGAUCCAGAAGUGAAGCUUGAGUAUCCUCCGGGAACACCAUCUUAUAUUGCUCCGUCCGAUGUUUACGUGACGGCCAGAUCGAUGGGUCCGAAUCCCAAUAUCAGCUUGAAUUGGAACUUGACUUGGAUUUUCUCAAUUGAUUCUGGGUUUUCCUAUCUUGUGAGACUUCAUUUUUGUGAGGGCACGACAACUAUAACUAAGGUUAAUCAAAGGGUAUUCGAUAUAUUCCUCGGUAAUCAAACUGCUCAGGACGGGGCUGAUGUUAUUGCCUGGGCAGAUAGUUUUGACCUUCCACAUUCAAAUGGGGUUCCGGUGCAUAAAGAUUAUGUUGUAUUUGCUCCCAAUGGGCCACCGCAGCAGGACCUGUGGCUUGCACUGCAUCCAAAUACAGCUUCCAAGUCCAAUUACUAUGACGCAAUCUUGAAUGGAGUAGAAAUAUUCAAAAUCAGUGAUAGUAAAGGUAAUCUGGCAGGGACAAACCCUCCUCCUCCUCAGGUGCAAGACUUAAUUGAUCCUUCAUUGGCUAGGAAAUCUAGUAAAUCCAAGAGUCAUACAGGAAUCAUUGCUGGAGGUAUUGGUGGAGGAGUUGCUUUAUUGCUUUUGAUUGGGCUAUUUGCUUUUGGCACGUCUCGUCGCCGUAGGAAUGGAAAAGAUUCUAGUACAAGUGAAGGGCCGUCUGGCUGGCUUCCCCUUUCCCUUUACGGUAAUUCACACUCUGCAGCUUCUGCCAAGACGAACACAACCGGAAGUUACACUUCCACUCUUCCAUCAAACCUUUGUCGUCAUUUCUCAUUUGCUGAAAUCAAGGCUGCUACAAACAACUUUGACGAAUCUUUGAUUCUUGGUGUGGGAGGAUUUGGCAAGGUUUACAAAGGAGAAAUUGAUGGCGGGUCAACCAAAGUUGCAAUUAAACGUGGGAAUCCACUCUCUGAGCAGGGUGUGCACGAAUUCCAAACUGAAAUUGAAAUGCUCUCCAAACUUCGUCACCGACACCUUGUUUCAUUGAUCGGAUACUGUGAAGAGAACACCGAAAUGAUCCUUGUCUAUGAUCAUAUGGCAUAUGGAACACUCAGGGAGCAUCUAUACAAGACUCAGAAACCUCCACUUCCAUGGAAGCAAAGGCUUGAGAUAUGCAUUGGAGCUGCUCGAGGUCUACACUAUCUUCACACCGGUGCUAAAUAUACCAUCAUCCACCGUGAUGUGAAGACUACAAACAUUUUACUAGAUGAGAAGUGGGUGGCCAAGGUUUCUGAUUUUGGAUUGUCUAAAACAGGUCCUACAUUGGAUAAUACUCAUGUAAGUACCGUGGUAAAGGGUAGUUUUGGUUACUUGGAUCCAGAAUACUUUAGGAGGCAACAACUGACCGACAAAUCCGAUGUGUACUCAUUUGGUGUGGUUCUAUUCGAGGUACUUUGCGCUCGCCCGGCUUUGAACCCAACACUUGCUAAGGAGCAAGUGAGUCUAGCUGAGUGGGCAGCUCAUUGCUACAAGAAAGGCAUUCUUGACCAAAUCACUGAUCCUUAUCUGAAGGGCAAGAUUGCUCCGGAAUGUUUUAAGAAGUUUGCCGAGACGGCGAUGAAGUGUGUAAAUGACCAAGGCAUUGAAAGGCCAUCCAUGGGUGAUGUCUUGUGGAACCUUGAAUUCGCUUUGCAGCUGCAAGAAAGUGCGGAGGAGAGUGGCAACGGUUUCGGAGGAAUAUGCGGUGAAGAUGAGCCGUUGUUUGCAGAUUCUAAAGGAAAGAAGGGCGUGGAUGUGUUACCGGGUUAUGAUGGUAAUGUGACCGACUCCAAAAGCAGUGGCAUGUCGAUGAGCAUUGGAGGUAGAAGCUUGGCUAGUGAAGACUCUGAUGGGUUAACUCCUAGUGCUGUGUUUUCACAAAUCAUGAAUCCAAAAGGACGUUAAGGUUUCAACCAUCUAGUAAGAAUUCCUUAUAUUACACGGUCAAACACUCAAGUUGGGUAGUGCAAUCUUCUUUAAGCAAAUCUGAACUUUACUUGUUAAUUUUCCUACUAUUAUAAUUAUAAUUAUAAUUAUUAUUCCUUUUGUAAUAUUGUUUCUGAUUCAUUAUUAUGAGUAUAAGUUGUAAUAUUUGAACAUAAAAGAUUGAAGAGCAAAUGUUUUUUUAACGAUGUUGUUGUAAUCUUGAUCUUUGGAAACCGAAGGGGUUCCACCAUGAUUCAUUAGACCCGCAAGACAAUGGUUGUGGAUGUCUCACUGAAAAUGGAACUGUUGCAGUA